CCCACCUAUAGUAUACUUCAACUAAGACCUUAUAAACGAGUUCUUACCUACUACUCGAAGCUGUUACUUAACAACAUCAAACCACUAUACAGGUCCAUCAUACAUCACACCUCUAUCAUAACAGAAUAUUCAUCCCACCAGCAUAAUGUAUACCCUAUCCAUCCUCAAAUCUCUCAUCCCCCUUCUCCCUCUCACUCUCGCACUCCCUCUCGAGCCCCGAGACACCACUCCCCAAUUCAACAUCACCAGCCUCGGCGCCACAUUCCCGUACCCCGGAGUCUACGGCGUCGACUCAGUCAACUCUUACGUCAACAUCGCAGUGUCCUACCCAGACUCCUCAUCAACCAACGAGAGCGCCGUUCUCAACACAUCAUGCCGCGUUGACUGGCCCGCUGGAACUACUCCGGGCCCCACAUCGUGGGCCCCGUGUACCGACACCGCGCUGCAGUUCCGCCUGCCAGCUGAGGGAUGGACCAGCGACACGAACUUCCGUGUUGAGCUGUGGGAGCAACUGAAAACCGACGGGGAGGGUCUGGAGGCUUCAAGCUACCUCAAGUUCGCCCCUGGCACCAAUGAUCCCAACGGGUACUUGUUCUGUCUGCAGAUGGGCAAGUUCAACCCGUUGACCUGCACCCUUACCGGCCCGAUGGGCCAGUCUCACAGGACUGUUGUCAUGACGGCGACACGAGAGAGCUCUAUCCCGGCCUAGAGUUUUUAUCUUUUUUCUCGGGCCUGUGAGGUGUAGGCAGUUUGGAAAAAGGUUGGGAUCUAAACGGAAAAGGGUAUAUACUUGGAGUUUUGGAUGGAACGGAUAGAGGCAUGGCUAGAUUAGAACGUGCAGGAUAAAUGCACGAAUAUCGAGGGCUUAAAAACGGAGAGGGUUGUUUUUGGAUACGUCGUGGCUACUCACCUACUAUGACGGUUAAUAAACUGGUGGUUUUAUCAAUAUACAUCAUAAUCUAACACCAUUGCAUCGAAUCCUACUUCUCUAAA